CCUCGCGUCGCGGCCUCCAGUCUCAGCACCGUCCGACGCCCGCGCACACGUACCCGCGCAGACGCACUCGCGAGUGUCCAGUGACAAGCUGCCUUUCUCUCACGCAGUGCUAUCGUGUUCGACGUGAAUGCGAAACCGGACUUUGAAAACACAAAAAUCACUCGGAAUUUUUGACAAGCCGCCCGUCAGCAGCCGGGAGAGGCGCUUCGAUCCGGUACACCACACGCCACCAAGCGACCACGUAGGCUGCAAGCGAUAACCCGGUAUGACGGCCACACACGGAGGGGGACGUGAAGAUGACCGCCCCGACAAGGACUCGGUGUACACGCUCAAGACCGGCUUCAAGAACGACGGCUACCAGCAUGACAAGGACAACGACGACAUCGUCAAACCCCCGCCUCUACCCAUAGAAGAUGAAAACUACCCAUCGGGAAAAGUUAAACUAUCAAGAAACGAGAAAUGGAGAAUACUGAAGAACGUGGCGGCGGUGAGCGCCGCCUUCAUGGUGCAAUUUACCGCAUUCCAAGGGACGGCCAACCUACAGUCGUCCAUCAACGCCAAGGACGGGCUGGGCACGGUAUCGCUAAGUUCCAUUUACGCGGCGCUCGUCGUAUCCUGUAUAUUUGUUCCCACCUUUCUAAUCAAGAGGCUAACUGUCAAAUGGACUCUGUGUUUGUCCAUGAUGUGCUACGCGCCGUACAUAGCGGCGCAGUUCUACCCGGCUUUCUACACGCUGGUGCCGGCCGGGGUAGUGGUGGGGAUGGGAGCGGCGCCCAUGUGGACGUCGAAGGCCACGUAUCUGACGCAGGCCGGUAGCGUCUACGCAAAGCUGACGGAUCAAGCUGUCGAUGGCAUCAUCGUGCGAUUCUUCGGCUUCUUCUUCCUCGCUUGGCAGACGGCCGAGCUUUGGGGAAAUUUGAUCUCAAGUUUGGUGUUCUCAUCGGGCGUACACAGCUCCAACGGCACCACGGAAAACAACAGCAAGACCCUGCUGACUUGCGGAGCGAACUUCUGUAUGAUCGGUGGCGGGCAGCACGAGAACCAGAACCUGCACCGGCCGCCAGACAGCGAGAUCUACGAGAUCAGCGCCAUCUACCUGGCGUGCGUCGUUGUCGCCGUGCUCAUGGUGGCGCUGCUGGUGGACCCACUCUCCAGAUACGGUGAGAAGCAGAGGAAGGCGGACCCGGCCAAGGAGCUGUCCGGCAUCCAGCUGCUGUCGGCCACGGCCUACCAGCUCAAGAAGCCUAACCAGCAGCUGCUCAUACCCAUCACUCUGUGGAUCGGCAUGGAGCAGGCGUUUAUCGGGGCAGACUAUACUCAGGCGUACGUGUCCUGCGCACUCGGCAUCCGUUCCAUCGGGUACGUGAUGAUCUGCUUCGGGGUGGUGAACGCCAUCUGCUCGCUCGUGUUCGGCUCGGCCAUGAAGUACAUCGGCAGGUUCCCGAUCCUCGUGAUGGGCGCCGCGCUGCACCUGGGGCUGAUCGUGUGGCUGCUCAUCUGGCGGCCCAACCCCGAGACCCCCAGCACCUUCUUCGUGAUCUCGGGGCUGUGGGGCGUGGGCGACGCCGUCUGGCAGACGCAGGUUAACGGACUGUACGGCGUGCUGUUCCGGCGCAACAAGGAGGCCGCCUUCUCCAACUUCCGGCUGUGGGAGAGCGCCGGGUUCGUGGUCGCGUACGCCUACUCCACGCACCUCUGCGCGCGCAUGAAGCUCUACGUCAUGAUGGUGGUGCUUCUUAUCGGCUUCUGCGGGUACAUCGUUGUCGAGAUCCUGCACAAGAGAAAGGCCCGCCGCCUGAAGGCGAUCGCCGAGGACCCGGCCGUGGCCGCCGAGGCCGCCAAGCAGCCUCCCGAGGAGGACGACGAGAAGGACGAGAUCGACGACGAGAUCGUCAUCACGCACCUGUGAGCGCCCCAACACAUCCAUCUUUGCCCUGGGGAACUUGUGUGUCCACACAUCAAGUACGAAAAGCAACGGACGACUUGGUUCUAAAAUUAUCCCCGGUAGAACGUGAGCGUGAAACCGUCCAACACUUAUGCAGUUAUUUAUAUUUAUACAUGUUUUUUCAAUGGACAAAUUUCCUGGGGUAAAAAUGGAUAGUUUCGUGGUGCUAAUCGACACGGACCAAAAGGACACACAAAUCUUUACAAGUAUUAGGUUUAACCAUAGGAAGGUACAAUUGACUAUCUGAGACAAGGAUACUCAUCGCGCGUCCACAUUUUAUAUAAUUGCGUGACAGCUAUUUUUCGACACCUACUUUCUAAUUGUUCUAUAAAACAGUGAAAUUCAUUAGGUACUAAAAUUAGUUUUAUAGAACUCCCGGAAAGUAGCCCUAAUGAUAAAACUGCGAGUGCCAUGCCCAGCAAGACGCUUGCCCGUAAAUAUUUGUCAUUUCAUUUCUUUAAGCAAGUAAGUGUCGAAAUGGAAAGUGAUUUUUAAUACUUUAAACAAAACUUUAUUUACCCAGUCCGAUUAUUUGGUCCGUCAAUUAAGGACGAGCUGUAUUAAAACUCGAAUUUAUUUAGAAUUAUUUAUAUUUCCAAUAGAUGAAUGUUGAUGAGUAUUAAAAAGUACAAAUUUUCUCCAUUUCGGGUUCGACCGAAUCGGAAAAAUAUCAAGUGCCAGCGCAAGCAUUUAAAACUACCACAGGGGUCAUCUCUACUGAUUGUGGCAAUUUUUUUCACGACUUCUAUUAGACCAGUGAGCCUUUCCGGAUAACUGGUCUUGUAGGAUGUUAUUAAAAUUACUCAGAAGUUAUUAUAGAACGACUCGAACCAUUUAUUUAUUAGAAAAAUAUAAAAGUUCUGUUAUCGACUAUGCGGUGCAGAUUAUAAUUGAAAGCAGCUGUUCAGUGGUUCGGCACAAUGAAUUGCUGAUUGCGAGCGAGCAUAACCAACUGUGUUGACAGUUCGUGCGUAAUUGCGCGCUUUAUUCUUCUGUUCCAAUGACUGUGGUGUUUAUUCGACUCUUUUGCGUGUUUUGUGAGUAAUUAAACAAUAACAAGUGGGUGCGGGUAACACUUCCACCUGCGGGAAGUGGAGGCCCUCGCUCUCGUCUAUUGUUGAGUUGGUAUUAUUUGUAUUUUACUUGGAUCAUGCUCAGAAAGAUGAAGUGGCUUCACUCGUAUUAUUAUAAAUAUGAAUCGAUUCGACUUUAUAUUAUAUUAUUUUAUUUAAAUAAUUGAUAAUUCUAAAUAUUGUUGUUAUUUCUAAAUACGAAUGAAGCAAUAUGAUAUAGACUGCUCAAUUCGUUUAAAGAGUGAUUUUAUAUUACAUUAUUGUAUUAACAAUAACUGUAAUAUAUGUAUUUCCAGCUAAAGACUUAGAAGCGAAAGCAUUGAUUCCAAUAAUAUACAAUCCAUAGCUCCAUUCAUAUAAUGUUAAGUUAUGUAGGUAAGAUUGUUGAUAUUAUUUUUAAUUAUUUUUGAUAAUAUCGUGAGACAGGUUUUCGUGUACAGAAAUAUGUCAAUCGUAAACGACUCGGGCGGGUGUAAGAGCGGCCCAGGUCCUAUUGUAGGUACCUACUUAGAUCAAAUAAAUUAAUUGUGUAACCCUUACAAGCUUAUAAAUACUUAGGUAGGUAGAUAUUUAAGUUUGUUAGUAUGUUUUGUGAGCAACUCACAGCGCCGUAGAACCUGUAUGUUUUUUGACCGAAGCAAAGAGCCUGUGGAGUGGAACCGUAGGUUUCAAUAUGUUGCUGAACUUUAAUAUACUUCCCAAGUGCCGGAGAGGCCAAUAAAGAAAAUAUAUCAAAACAAGGAUGGUCACAAUUUGAAAUGAAAAUGAAAAUUUAAUUGUUAAUAAAUAUUAUGAAUCAUCAACUAACUAAACAAUGCAAUGAGUAUUACUUAUUUGGGCAUGUGAUAGAUGCUGAAAUGUAUUGUGACCACUUACAAUUUAUCGGAGUUUGUAAGAUUUAUACAAAAUCUCUUCUUGGCCUUACACAGCUUUAUAUAAUUUAAUUUAUAAUAAAAUUAUAUAGUAAGACGAGGUGUGUACCGAUUGCUAGGGUAACAAAACCACGUGAUAAUUACAGUAAAAUGUAUAAAUAUAAGCAUAUUAAUAUUUUAAUGUAAAUUUAAAUUAGUGGUAGUCUAUAAUAUAAAUAAAAUUGCUCUAUUUUUGAGAUAAACAUUAUUAUUUGUUUGAUUAAAUAUUACUUAUGUUAUAUUAUUAACGAUGUGAAAGAGUUUGUGAUGAAAAUAAACAUAGAAAUUGUUUGGUC